AUGAAUGCAUCACCUCGUCUGGGAUCAUCGAUCCCGAUCGACUCUCCCGGUCUGGCCCCACCGCUCGGCCCGUUCCCUGAUUCACAGCCAUUUACGACCUUUCGGUCUAUCGAUAAUGCCCCGCAACAGCCUCUCCAGAAUGCCAUAGCUCUGCAGACUGAAGAACACCUAGCAACCCAUCCACAUGGAAUGGUCCUCCAGCCUGCAGAGCAUUCUUUCCAGGGGGCCUAUAAUGGACUGGAGGCUGAGGACACGGAGGCAGCGAACUUCGCGGGUCAGCUGACGGGGAUGAGGUUGAUUCCUGAUCCCCCUGAUCUUGAGUAUUGGAGAAAUCGACUGUUUCAUGCCGACGAUGUCAUUACUUUGACUGAAGAGCAAUUUCAAACCUACUUUCCCCAUGUUGAUAACGUCUACUCUCAUCGAUCGACUCAAAGAUAUAAGCGUCGAUCAAUGGUCUCCCAUUACUGGGACUGUCGUCUGAAGGGACGGCCUCCGGGAACACCCAAGUCUGACGAUCCGAACAAGAAGAAGCGCAAACGUACCGCCAGGGAACGGGACCUCUGCGACGUGAAGAUUAAGAUUACCGAGUAUCUGCCCGGCAGUGUAGGAAAUGAUACGACUGGCGGUUUUGAAUCGUUACCAGCUGAGUUACUACCUGGAGUCCAUACAUUGUUUCCGGUCCAGAAUCCCCAGCCCUUUGGUGUUCUUACACCAAAUACCACUUUCCCGGACGGACAUCCGGGCGCGAGUGGGCAACGGUAUUUUACCAUCCAGCGGGUGAAUGGAAACGGUGCCAAUGGAAAAAAUGACGGUGUGAGUGGUGGGCACCGGCAUACACUUGAGGAAAGUGAUCGCGUCAAGAAGAAUAGCGUGCAGCGACACUUUUUGAAGGAAGAUAAGAAUAGGAGAAAAUCCGGGCACCGAAUCAUGUCUGGUGAAAAGAAAGCAUACCACACAAAAGCGACGGGAUUAGCCGCCGUCACAGCUGCGAACCACGCAUUGGAGACAAAUCUCCAGUUGUAUGGAAGUUGCUUCUGCCCAUUCGUGCAAAGAGUUUGGAUCGCAUUGGAACUCAAAGGCAUACCAUACCAGUAUAUCGAAGUAGAUCCUUACGAAAAACCUCAGUCCCUGCUGGAAUUGAAUCCACGUGGGCUUGUCCCAGCAUUGCAGCAUGAUAACUGGGGAUGCCAUGAGAGCACAGUGCUCAUGGAAUAUCUUGAGGAUUUGAAUGUUGGGGCGUCCCUUCUUCCAGCCGACCCGAAACUGCGAGCCCACUGUCGACUAUGGGCAGAUCAUGUGAGAAAACCACGUUUGUUCCAUUCAGAUCCGCUACCCAUUGCUGACGAUUCCCAGGUCAACCGAAAUAUUGUCCCAGCAUUCUAUCGGGUAUUGCAAGAGCAGGACCAGCAGAAGCAGAUCGAAAAUGCCCAAGAGCUCCGGGUUGCUUUCGAUACAUUGAUCGAGGCCGCACAUCCUCGAGGCCCAUUUUUCAUGGGGGGACAAAUUUCCUUUGUCGACGUCCAAGCUGCGCCAUGGGUUGUUCGACUUAACCGGGUUCUAAAGCCCUACCGAGGCUGGCCAAAUGCCGAAGAGGGAAGCCGAUGGGCUUCUUGGGUAAAUGCCAUAGAAACCAAUGAUCAGGUUCGAGCAACAACCAGCACAGAUGAACUCUAUCUCGAGAGCUAUGCGCGAUAUGCUGGUGAGUUUCUAUAUCCAGUCCACUACCUUGGUAAGGCGCUGACAGUGAAUCUCGCUGAAUGGCAGAGAACCGCCCGAACACGUCUCUACUAG